AUGAACGACGAGAUAAAACAUUUUCCAGAGAAUGUACAAAAACUAUUAACUGAUGCAAGAAUACCGAUUGAACAGUUAAAACCAAUUUAUUAUGAAUUGACUAUUGGUGAACAUUUUCCUGAUGAUUCUAUUCGAUUAAUGGAAGUUAACAAUUCAUUAAUUGAAGAAUUAGAUAAGAGUAAAAAACUAAUCAUUCGAGGAGCUCAUGAUGAUUUUGCUACAUUAUGUACAUCUGAUCAAGUAUUCGAAAUAAAAUCUGCUGAAACAUCGAAUACAUUAUUACUUGCUAGUCCACGUGAUACUUCAUCGGUGAAUAAAGAAAAUGGAUGUAUUGUAUUAACAGUCAAUUCUAUUCUACAUUCAAAACUUGAAUUAACACAAUGUGUACCAAAAUUAAAACGUAUUCGUCAAUUAUUUGAAGAAAAUCCAUAUCGAGGACAUUUUGAUGAUGAAGAAAAUUCUACACGAAAAAUUACAAUAGAAAAUUUAAGAAAUGAAAUACAAGCAAGUGAUCAAGCUAUUGAUGCAUAUUUAAAAAAGCUCAAUGUAAUUUCAAUUGAUGGUUAUUUACGAUUAUUGGAUUUUGAUUUUCGUACGAAACUUAUUGAAUAUAUUAUUUCAAUUAUAUCAAUUCAAGAUUGGUCAAAAGAUAAUAUUCCUAUUGAUAAAUGUGCUACUGAAAUGAGAGAAAUAUGUCCAAAACAUGUAGCUAAACAAUUUCUUGAACAAAUAGGUACUAUUUCAAAUGAUGGCAAUGCGAUUGCUUUAAAUCGAAAUACUAUUUCAAUUCAUUAUGCAUUAGAUUUAUUACGCAAUUUGGAAAAAGUACUUUGA